AUGCAAGAAGGGCGCAGACUUGGCGAUUAUGUUUCCAACUUGUUAAAGACUUCAUUGCAUCUUAGGGGCCUUGAUAUUGGCAACCAUCCGGAUCUUGUUGCCGUUUCUGCCUCACUUGGUGCCGGCCCCAUAGCCCCUCAUGAAGGGACCGUCGAUGUGGUCCAGCGAGCUUAUAGUCUUGCUGCUGGCGACGUUGGCGACGGUCUGGUGCUAGGUUUUCUGGUCCGACUACAGUUUAUACUAGGUCUUGAACUUCUGGUUGCCCUCCAUAGAGGCGCAGACACACCGCUGGUCUCUCUUGGUGCCGCGCCAGCUGUUUUCGGGCUACGACUCGAGGGUGGUUUGAACGAGGUUGCCGGUGCCGUUCAACUUGGACGUGCCAGGCUGGAGCAAUAG